CACAGACUGAUAAGACUUCUCCCGUGACGACUGUGUUCUGAAUCUUAAAACAUAGUUUUGUGGGAACCUGUACCACCGAGACCUGAUGUCAGGAAUCACCCGUCCAGAUGAAGGUUUGUGUGUGAGCUGAUGUGGACGUGAAUUCAGCAGAAUGGACCAGUGUGACGAUGGAGAGGAAGGAGUCCCUCCCUCUAAAACCUCUCUGUGUGGGGAACAUGAGAGUCGGAGCAAAGCUCAGAGGAAUAGACCCAGACCUGGACCUGGACCUGGACCUGAACCCGGACCCGGACCCGGACCAGGUCCCGGACCCAGCUGUGUGUCCUUGAAGAGCGACCAUUCAAAGGACUGGUUCAUUGGCUUUAAAGGAGACCAGCAGUCUUCUUCAGAGAGAGUGGACCAGCACAUCUCAGAGUCCCCCAGCGGUCCGUCUGUCCAGCAGCAUCAGACCCAGCUGGACUCCAUCUUUCAGCUGCUGGAGGACAACAUUGUCAUGUUUGUGAAGAACGAGCUGAAGAAGAUCCAGAGGGGUCUGAGUCCAGAUUACCCAGAAUCCCUAGAGCAUCUGUUGGACGGUGAGGAAGAAGAGCAGAGAAGGAGCAGAGAGGCGUUUGUGAAGAUAACAGUAAACUUCCUGAGGAGAAUGAAGCAGGAGGAGCUGGCUGAGCGUCUGCAGAAAAGCUCUUUUGCUGCAGUUUGUAAAAAGCGGCUGAAGUCUAAGCUGAAGAAGAAGUCCCAGUGUGUGUCUGAGGGGAUUGUUAAAGCAGGAAACCCAACCCUUCUGGAGCAGAUCUACACAGAGCUCUACAUCACAGAGGGAGGGACUGGAGACGUCAACGAUGAACAUGAAGUCAGACAGAUUGAAGCAGCUUCCAGGAAACCAGAGAGAGCAGAAACAACCAUCAGACAGGAAGACAUCUUUAAACUCCCACCUGGAAGAGAUGAACCAAUCAGAACAGUGAUGACGAAGGGAGUGGCCGGCAUCGGGAAAACAGUCCUAACACAGAAGUUCACUCUGGACUGGGCUGAAGGCAGAACCAACCAGGACAUCCAGUUACUGCUUCCAUUCACCUUCAGAGAGCUGAAUGUGCUGAAAGACAGAAAUUUCACCUUGGUGGAACUUGUUCAUCACUUCUUCACUGAAACCAGAGAAAUCUGCAUCUUUUAAGAGUUCCAGGUCGUGU